AUGGAGUGGGGCCUCACUGAAAUCUCAUCUUUUCCAUUGAACAUCACAUCGCUCAAUCUCGCCAACAGCGCCUUGAUUCCCUUAAACGGGCUGCGAGCAUUCUCCCAAAAUAUUACAACUUUGACAUCUCUCAAUUGUUCCUACAAGGAUUCUAUCAGUACCACCGACUUGUUGCUCAUCUCGGACUGUUUCCCUUUGCUCGAAGAACUCCACCUCAGUAAACCUGCAAUAUUCCGCGGUGACUUCCUCAGUGGGAUGGAGACUCUUUCGUUGGCACUUCCGAAACUUCGUAAGGUUAAUCUAUCUCGUCAUACUUACCUCAAUGACCAAUUGCUUUUUCAACUGUUCAACAACUGGAAGCUUCUCGAAGAGGUCAUCAUAUUUGAGAGUACCGGCAUAACAGAUGCCGGUAUUGCUUCUGCUCUACGUGUGAGGCCAACAUUGAGGUCUUUAUCCUUUCACAAUUUUUUCAAAUCGGACAACAUUUCAACUUUGUUUGCACUCAUUAAGAGCUGUACCUCACUUAGUGAUAUCAAAAUGGAAUCACCUAGUGAUGUCACAAUGAAACACACAUGUAUGAAGGAAAAGAAUGCGGAAAAUUCUAAUUCUUUGGUUGAUUUGGCUGUAUGCCCUCAAUUGAAGUCUCUAUCCUUGGCUCACAAUACAUGGUUAAGUGAUGAAAACAUUAUUAUAAUGUUUGCUUCCAUUUUCCCCAAUUUGCAACUACUUGAUUUAAGUUAUUGCAAUCAAGUGUCUAAUUCUCUGACGAGGGAAAAGAUUGUGGAGAAUACUAAUUCUUCAAUGGAAUUUGUUGUAAACCAUCAAUUGAAGUCUCUAUUCUUGACUCGCAAUACAUGGUUAAGUGAUGAAAACAUUUUAAUGUUUGCUUCUAUUUUCCCCAAUUUGCAGAUACUUGAUUUAAGUUAUUGCAAUCAGAUAUCCGAUAGUAUUUGUCAAGUUUUAAGAUGUUGUAAACUUAGGCAUUUGAACUUAGCUCACUGCUCAAAAGUGAAACUGCGUGGAUUGAACUUUGAAGUUCUCAAACUCGAGGUGUUGAACUUGUCAUAUACAGGAGUUGAUAACGAAGAACUCUAUCUGAUUUCAAAGAGUUGUCGCGGGCUUUUGCAACUGUUACUUGAGCAUUGUUAUUAUGUUACUAAAAGAGGCGUGAAUCAUGUGGUAGAAAACUGCACACAACUGAGGGAGAUCAAUUUGAAGAACUGCUAUAAAGUGCAUAAAAAUAUUGUUGACUCGAUGAUAUUAUCAAGACCAUCAUUGAGAAAGAUAACUGUUCCACCUCGUUACCGUUUCAACAACAACAAGAGGGAGCUCUUCUUGGGUCAUGUAUGCCUUCUCGGCUAG